UGGUGGAAAAAGUAGAAAUUAAAAAAGCUGGUAGGAGUAAUGAGUACAGGCGAGUAAAAUCAGCGAAAUCACUUUCUGGGUUUGAACUUUGAACUUUGAACUUUGAAAGAGGAGACUCGUAAUUUUGAUCGCUUCAAUCUUUCAUAGCCAUGGCUGGACCUUCAUGGUUAGUGGAUGGUAACAGAAUUGCUACAAAAAUAAAAUGUGCAUCUGGGACAUGUGAUACAGGCAAAAUCAAGUGGAAAAGUAACCCAACGAGAUUGUGCCCCAGUUGCCAGCAUACUAUUGACAACAAUGAUGUUGUUCAGAAGUGGCCUGGAUUACCAAGAGGUGUAAAAUUUGAUCCAACUGACCAGGAGAUAAUCCAACAUUUACUUGCAAAAUCUGGCAUUGGAAAUGAGACACCACAUCCCUUCAUUAAUGAGUUUAUCCCUACCGUUGAGGAAGAGGAUGGGAUAUGUUACACUCAUCCUCAGAAUUUACCAGGUGUCAAGCAAGAUGGAACUGCAUCUCAUUUCUUUCAUAGAGCUAUCAAAGCGUAUAACACUGGUACACGCAAGCGUCGAAAAAUCCAUGUGGUUGAUUUGGGUGAUGUCCGUUGGCACAAGACCGGGCGGACUAAGCCAGUUUCUCUUAAUGGUGUACAAAAAGGAUGCAAGAAAAUUAUGGUUCUUUAUGUCAGUUCUGCAAAAGGCGGUAAGUCCGAGAAAACAAAUUGGGUUACGCAUCAAUAUCACUUGGGUACAGAGGAAGAUGAGAAAGAUGGAGAAUAUGUUAUUUCGAAAGUGUUCUAUCAGCAGCAACAGGGGAAACAAGGUGACAAGACUGCCGGGUAUGUUUCUGAUGCAAUAGAUGAGGUUAGUGUAAAACUAGAUCCUGUGACUCCUGAGCCUUCUCGACAUAUGACUCCUGAGCCUCCUCAAAAGGAAAUCCAGCUUGAACUUACAGAAAAGGCCUCAUACAGUUGCAUUGACUCUGUUACCCAGGAUCAACGCAUAGAAAUCGAAAAGGAUCAUGACAUGGGAUUUCCUGACGAAGUGCAACAACCUAAAACACAACAAACUGAGACUACCAAAUCAAGUUAUAGUGAUGCCGCUGCUUCAGUAACAUUUGUAGAUGAUCAAGCUCUAGAACACGAUGACAACCUGGCUUGCGAGGAAAAUUUGUGGGAUAGUGAGUCACAAUUUAUGAUAAAUUCUCAACAAUUAGCGGAAGGGAUGUCUUUUUGUGACGAUUUCCUUCGAAGUCAGUCUCCAGACAGAGGUGAAACAGCCGACAAUGUACCAAACAAGAAAUCCGUUCUUUCAGAGUACGCUAAAUUGGGUCCGGAAGAUCUAAAGAAGGAUCUGGAAGAGUGCCAGAAUUUGGUCCUUGAUCCUGCAAACAUAGAUUUAGAUACACCGCCUGAUUUCAGACUAAGUCAGCUGGAAUUUGGAUCACAAGAAAGCUUUGGCAGCUGGGGUUUAGGCAAGAUCUGCGACUAACCGUGGUACCGUUACAAUUUUCCCGUUUUGACUCCACAAAGUCGAGGGCAUCGCAACUCUGUAGGUAACGUUUUGAUGCAGAUUUCCACCGUUGUAAAACUGGUAUCGGCGUAGAUCAAAUGUAUAGUGUUCUCUCCGUCAUUUUCGUUGCUUCCCUAGGUAUUCUUAGUUUUUGUCAAUCAAUGCGAUUAGUCAUCAUCUAUCAGACAGUCGGUUUCCUUACCUUGCAACAGAUCAAUGGUACCUUUGUGUAUGCAUGCGAUCUAAAUUUUGUUAAUGUGAAACUUGGCAAGGGGCGUCUAUGAUUCCGACACUGACUUACCGUGUACUUUUGCUCGUAAAAGAAUCUUGUUAUCUAUGUGUAUUGCAGCGGAUGAAAUCUAAACGUACCAAUGCUUGUUCGGUUGUUUGUAAAGUAUCCCGUCUUUUUGUUCUUGAGCUUUCGCUUUACUAUAACAUGAUAUACACUCAUAUAUGAAGACUAGAGGUGGGAGUUUGUAAGACAGGUGGGUCAUAUUGAGAACAGGAGUCAUUAUCCUGUUAUGGUUUUUAAGAAACAUUCAUGAACUUAAAAGGUUGUUGACAACCAAAGUUUCUCUUAUUUGUUGUGUGAAUCUUAUUGUUAUUUGUUUGUAGACCGACAUCAAAUACAAGUUGGUGUCUUGGCUUUUGGCUAAAACACAAGUAUUAUUUUGUUGAGAAAUUUUCCUUCCUUAUUCUUGUCCAAAUAUUAUUGGUUUUUGCAUAUCUAGUUUUAUUCCAUUCAUUUCGAAUAACAGUUCAUUUGGGUUGUUUUUUUCUUGAUCACUCCCUCUGUCUCUUAAGAGUUUAUCAUAGUUUUCUUUAUAGUAUGUUCUUUUUAAUUUGUUAUGAUUUCCUUUUACGGAAAUAUUUUAACCACUUUCUUUUAUGGAUGGGGUAAAUAUGAAUUGAAUCAACUCUAUCUGCCUUUCAGCUCUUUAAGACGAUUAGUAAUAUUAACUAAUUUUGAAUCAAACAUAAAAAGUCAAACUCACUUGAGUUGAGUUUUGACCAAAUUUUGAUAGAUGCAAGCAAACCUAGAAUUUAAGACGAUGAAAUUAGUAUCCAAGCAUUAUUUAUGUCAACUAGUCGAUAUCUAAUUUUAUUAGACAUUUUAUUAUAAGAAAACUUGUACAACUAAUUUAAUAACUAAAAAAUCGAUAUUACUAGCUGAUCAAACAAGUUGACAACCAAAUGCCGAUCACAUUCAACACUUAAUUCUUGACCUUAAAAUAAAAGAUAGGAUUUAAGCCAUUUAAGGUAGGGUGCACGGAUUAUUGUCUUUCAAGGUGUUGUAGUCACACACGGUGAGUAAGCCUAUAUAUGAUGUCCUUCCCAAGUUCAGGCAGUGGCGGGCGUUUAACAACUGUCAUGUAUUUUUUAGAUGACUAGUAUGAAUGCUGUUUGAUUGUGUAAGAGUUAGAAGUACUUUUUAAGUACCACUUAUUUUACAUCAUUUUGGAUUACGAUUGAAAAAAAAUUUACCUAUGCAAAAUGCGUGAGACAGUCGAGGUGUUCAAAACUCAAUAUUUAUCCAAACAUGUAAC